AACGACCUUCGGACGUGGCGCACGUUUCAGAAAUGGCCGAUCGUGCAGUUGGGAUUUGAAUAGUUGUGUCGUAGUACGCACUUCGUGCCGAGUGAAACGCGGGUCCCCUUCUGUUAAAUGUUUUGCAUUUGGUUUCUUGUCAUCAAUUUCAACUGGCUUCACAAUUUCCUGUUGCUUGUCUUUUAAUGCGGUCUCUUUGUCAUCUUCAUACACCAUGCCUGUACCCCCACUUGGAUUCAGCGUGAUGACUAUGCGUGUGAUGGCUCAGCAUUUCCAACGAACUGACCUAGUGGGGACUUUUAUCAUAAACUAAGAAACGCUUUGUAACUGACUAGCAACGUAGAUUUAUUUGGCGGUUAUCGCAAAGAUUCAUGACGGAAUCACAAGGUGUCCGUCGAAAACGCGCUUUAUCAUUCGCUGGAUACACAGAUCUCCCGAAACUUUCCAGUGGUGUUCCGAUUACUCAGUUACCUACCAUCAGUAGAAGCCGCCGGCCAUCAUGCAUAUGUUCUGGUGACUAUUCAGCCACCAAUGAAGUUUUCAAGGACAUCUCUAACAAGUUGAACAAUGCCAAUAGUAAUGCAGACUUUUCGCGUUUAAGUGAAUUUCGGGUUUCGGAAAGUCCUGAUUUAUGCUCAAGGAAAACGUCAGUCGCAACAGUAGUUAGAGGUGAUUCACCAUGUAGCUGUACUUCAACUCCUCAAAUGUCACCGAGGCGAACGAAUUCUUAUUCCGACCUGCUCACACUACUAAGACGGCCUGAAUUAUCGGAUUAUAUCCUGCCUGAUGGUCCAUUAUCCUCAAAUCUUGUUAAACUUUAUCUUGCAAAGCUUGCUGCUUCUAAACCGUCUGAUGAUAUCUGCCCUGUUAAAUCACUUCAAUCAAUAUCACCGAAAGCUUCUACACAGACUGAACUUCAUUGUCUACCAGAAUGCAUGCAACUACGUUCACCACAUCUAGCCUCUAUGGUUAUGCCAGUGAAUCAGAUCAUCCGUGCACAUGCUAACCAAAAUAGCUUUAAACAUGAACAGAGAAAAUCAUCCAGAGAAACUUUGAAUUCACUAUAUGCUAAUUUCAGUGAUCGGAAUGCCCUAACAGAUACAAGCUGUUCCAGUGGAUUGAGUGAUGCAGAGCCAUGGAGUCUGUCGCAUGCCUAUAAUUCUAUUAAAAGUGGAUAUCUAUCAGAUAAUCAUCUUUUGGAGGCAGCCUCAGAAGCACAUCGACUCAAUAUAAGUAAAAGACAGUUGGAGUUACGUUUGAAGAACUUGCCGAGUGGUUCUAAUAACAUGUCAUCUAGUGAUACACAGACAAAUUCAAGAGAAAACUUAAAUGGCUAUCCUGUACAUCUUAAUGGUAAAAAACCACACAAAUUUGAAUUCACUCAUGUCUAUGAUGGUUUAAUCCCACCAUCAUCAUCUCUCAAAAAUAAUAAUAUGAACAAAUCGCAUACAAAUUCAUUGAAUACCUCUCAAGUGAAUUUAAGCUCUAAUGGAGAUGAUAAUUAUAAUUAUUAUGAUGAUAAUAAUAAUAUGAUGAUGAAUUCAUCAGCAUAUUAUUCAGUGCCUAAUUCUCCGAGUAUACAUCAUUCAAAGCACUUCAAUAUGAUGAAUAAUGGCGAUAAAAUGGUCGAAAGAAAUACGUAUAAAUCUAACUUUCAUGAUAAUAACAAUAAUAAUAAAAAUAGUAUUGACAGUAUUGGUGGCAGGAGUAAUAGCAGUCGCAGGAAACGAUUUGAAGGCUUAAGAAAUUUCUUAUUAACAACACUGAAAGGCGAUAAUAUUAUGAUGAAUAAAGGUGGGGAUGACAAUUACUUCUAUAUGGAUGAGAAAGCAUUGGAAAGGCGAAUAGAACACCAAGCAGAGAAUGUUCUAUCGCCUGUAUCGUUUUAGCAGAAUCUAUUAUUAUUUAUUUUAAUUUUUUUUGUUUUUCUUUUUAAGAGAAGAUUUAUCUUGAUCAAAAUUAUUACUAUUAUUAUUAUCAUUAUUAUUAUCACUGCUAAAUAUGCUUUCAACUUAAUAUAUAUCUAAUACAUUAUUCUAUGGGAGCUCACAUUUAGAAUCAAAAGGUCUAGUGCGUGUGUAUGUGUAUGUAUGUUUGUGUGUGUGCACAGAUUUACGUACUGUUUCUCAUCUAUUUUUCUUUCUUUCUUCCUUUCAUUAACUUCUAUUUUCUUUAUAACACAGAAAAAGGUGAGGCACAAGUCAGCAUGAGAUAGUCAUACGUAUAAUUUACCUACUUAUUUCAUUGUAGAGCAGUAAUUUCUUGUGUGUGUGUGUGUGUGUGUGUGUAUGUGUAUUAACUUGUCUACACCAGUAAUUAUUAUUUAGUCACAGUUUAGUCUUUCUUCUUCUGACAUCGUGACCAUGUAGAGUGGUUGGUUUACUUGUAGUAGAUGUGAUGGGUGACCAUGUGUUUUCUUUUUUUUGUAUACAAUAAUCCUAAAUAUUGAUUUUAUUUUCAUGAUAUAUUUUCUCUAUGAUACAUAAUAUAUAUACACAUAUUUUUUCA